UCUCCCGAAGGCGUGGCAGACGGUGUCGGAGGCUGGCGAGACUACGGUGUCGACCCGUCUCAGUUCUCAGGGACUCUGAUGCGCACUUGUGAACGUUUGGUCAAGGAAGGACGGUUUGUGCCCAGCCACCCGGUGGGGAUCCUCACUGCAAGCUACUGUGAGCUGUUGCAGCAUAAAGCCCCCCUGCUGGGGAGCAGCACGGCCUGCAUCGUCGUCCUGGAUCGCAGCACCCGUCGCCUGCACACCGCCAACCUGGGCGAUUCCGGCUUCCUGGUGGUCCGGGGGGGCCGCGUGGUGCACCGCUCCGAUGAGCAGCAGCACUAUUUCAACACCCCCUUCCAGCUCUCCAUUGCCCCACCCGAAGCCGAGGGCGUGGUCUUCAGCGACAG